UAAGGCCUCACGCUACAACGUAAAAAUGACGACGGUAGUGGAAAUGGAUGUGCCUAUGGACUGUCCUGGUUGCGAGAGAAAAGUUAGGAAGGCUCUUGAAAGCAUUAAGGGAGUCCACGAUGUUCAGAUAGAUAUGAAUCAGCAGAAAGUAACGGUGACUGGUUCGGCGGAGCAGAAGAAGGUUCUUAAAGUUGCAAGGAGUAUUACAGGAAGAGAGGUAUGCUUAUGGUCGUGCCCUUACCACCCCGAAUCUAAUGGAUUUAACGACAAGUACUACAAGAAGAAGUUCCGCAAAAGAAUCAUCAUGUCAAAAAAUGGUGAGAAAGUGAGUUCUUAUAACUAUUAUAUGCAUGGAUACCACGGACACGACCAUGGUUACCAUCAGGAACGGCCUUAUUCUGGUCUUAUCGACGAGAACGCUACUUCUAUGUUCAGUGAGGAAAACCCUCAUUUCUGUAACAUCAUGUGAUCGAUCUCCAUUUCAACAGCUACUAUGGAUGGAACAACUUUAGUUUGGUUAUGCUCCUUCCUUUGUAAAUAAACACGCAACCUAGUGGAAACCAAAUAUGAGUCCUCGUCCUCAGCUCAGUUGGAUUUGAUCCAGUCUCGAUAAAUGUUUAUGUAAUAAAUUAAAUGGGUUUGGUUUAAAUUUA